CUUUUGUCUCAGUUCUUUACAUUGACAGUAAAAUAACCCCCAUAAAAGCUUAAUUAUUGAUUGUGGAAUACUAAUCGUUUUCUUAAAGUCGGCUAGUUAAAGGAAAUAAAAUUUGGAGAUAAUUACUCUGGCAUUUUAAUUGAUUAAGACUACUGUGAGGAAGGGAAGUUAACUGUGGCAGUAAUCAUGGGAAGACAACUUUUGAUAUUUCACAUCUGGAUUGUAUGUACGGUUCUGAAUCCUGGGACAGUAAACACGUUAUUAGAAGAGGGCAAUUAUGAUGAUCUUACUUGUAUGUCAGAGAAAUCAGAUGUCGGUGUAGACCCCAACGCCAUUUCUGGCAGUUUAACAGGUCUAGACAAUAACUUGGCUUUCUCAUAUGUGUGCGAGAACUUCAAGUAUAUGUUUAAAUGUUGUGGGAAAAUCAAAGAAUGGAAACUGUGGGCUGGUAAAACUGGAACGAUCCAGUUACAGGUAUGGAGACGAACUGAUACAGCCGUCUAUGAAAUGAUCGGAGAAAACUAUUGUCAAAUUACAAAUGCAAAUCAGUUAACAACAUGCCCCAUCAAUGAUUAUGAUAAAAUUCUAGUACGAUACGGAGACUUUGUUGGCUGGCAUAAUCAAGGCAACGAGACGAUAAUGUAUAUGGAAAGAGGUCGUACUGACAGCACACUGGAGAAUCUUUUCCGUCGUAAAAAUGUGGGAGAUUUGUACCCAGGUGAUACGUAUGACUGGAGUGAAGUUGAGGCCUAUAAUGACAGACUAUAUGCUUUACAAGCCAUCUAUGAAACAUCCACCAACCCAACAUUUGAUGUGAGUGAUAUGACAGUGCCUGACUAUAUAAACAAUGGAGAUACAAUAGGUAGAAUAACGUAUCAGGACACUGACCACAUGGAUAACCGGUCUUUGAUUGUUGUACCGUACGAGACAUCUACUUACUAUACUACAGAUAUCCCAUCAGGCUAUGUGUCAGCAAAUACAGCAUACAGACCGAGGGAUGAUGUUUUAAAGUUUGCCAUGUACGAUCUGUGUUAUAAAACAGCAACUGCGUCUGUGACAGUGUCAGUCAAGUUAAUAGAUCUAGUGAUUGAUAAUCUGGAUGCUACGUUUACAAUAUCUGAGACAAGUUCGACCCAGACGUUACUACAUACAGUGACGGUGACAGACCCCUCAGAUCAGUGGUACUGUUAUUCUAACUGGGAUACAAGCUAUCCGUUCAUGUUGAAAGCUUUGACCACAGAAUCAUAUGGCUUCUAUGUGGUAGAGCACCCUGGUUUAGACUAUGAUUCCCCACUAAACUAUAAUACACUACCAGUUGUCUGUGUGGAAAAUAAAGUUACUUCAACAGCUACUUACACAGCAAAUAUACAAGUUGGAUUAACAAAGAGUCGACCUCCAGUCAUUACAAAUCUUUAUGCUUCUGUUACUGUAAAUGCUGAGACAGCAUUUAUCGGAGACUCGGUGUUUGUCGUCACGGCAACAGAUCCAGAGAAUGAAGUGAUCACCUUCACUAUGAGUUGUACCUCUGAUGGCUCUGUAGACACCACAACAUUUAGAAUGCUAAAAAAUGGUGAUGUUGUGCUGAAAAGAUUUGUAACAUUAUCCACGCUACACCAGUUUGACUGCGCUGUGACUGUUACAGAUGCUAGCGAGGAUUCAACCACAAACUAUCUUCAUAUCUCUAUCCUUGAUGCGGAUCAUGCUAUAGUUAUCAACAACUUGCCUGUACACCCUAUACAGCUGAAAGAAAACACGGCUGUAGGAACUUUUCUGUAUAAGUUUGAAUACGCGGACACUGAUCGAGGGACCUACGAUACAAAAUAUUGGUCCUGUCUUUCUGGAGUGCUCUCCCUUACCUAUGCAGAAAUUGAUGCAGAAGAUCCAUUAGUAGGAGUAAACAAAAACUAUGCUCUAAAUAUAACUGUUGGUGAUGUAAAGAGUGCUGUAUUUGGGGUAGUUAUUAUUCAGAUAAUAAACGAAAAUGAGGCGCCAUGGUUUACACAUGAUUAUUUCACGAUUGAUACCAUUGAAAAUGAGGUGGCAACACAACAAGUGCAGGCCAAGGCCAACAUUUGGUUAUUUCAUUGCAAGGAAAAAUAG